AUGAUAUCGAUCAAGAAACCAGCAUCGUCGGAGAUACCUUCGAAAGCCAAUAUACUGCCUUGCCGGAUAAAAUAUACGGGACCAGCAUCGUCCUCGCGUCAGCUAUGGAAUCCGACAACUCAACCAGCAGCAGCAGCAGCAUCAACAGCAGCAGGCGACAGCGCCAACCCAGGUGACAACGCGAAGGUGGAAACACACACGUCGUAUUUCCGGGGUAGAAAACUGGUUGGGACGAAAUUGGCGGUUCCUGAUGGGUAUCAAGACGCGGGUUCUGCUUCGAAUCCACCGCUUACGGGAAAUCAGAAGAGGGAGAUGUUAUAUCAGGGUGAUGAUGAUGAAGAAGAUGAAGAAGAUGGCGAUAUUCAGGGAAAGGUGGAGUGGACGACUAAGGCUUCCUUUGAGGAGAUUAUGGUUUGGGGCCAUGAGGUUUUGGUGGAUGGGACACAGGACGGGGUUGUUAAAGGUGUCGAGGAGUGGAUGGGAAUUGCUAAGAUUUUGAAUGGUUAUUAG